CCUAAAAUGGAAGAUACCCGGCGGCAAAAGAGAGAAGCUGAGUUUAAGUCUCACCCAGAUAUCGACAAAGUCAAACAGAAGAGGGGUGACUUCAUGGUCUCCCUUCGGAAGAAGAAAAGGAACCAGAUUUUUAUGCUCAAGAGGAAUGUUAGAAUACAAGAAAAUUUGGAAAAAGAGUUCAAUGAUGAAAUGGACAUCAAAGAUGUAGAGAAGCAAGUCAAGAAGGAUAUGCAGUUAAUAGGUAUCUUGGAUGAACACAGUGGUGAAGAGAAGUUCGAACACCUCAUAGAAUGCUUUAUGAAUACUGACAGUCUGGAAAAAAUGGUCGCAUGAGUGAGAAUUCUGAGAAUGUGAUCGUUUACUAAUUAAACCAUCUCAUUCUAAAUCUGAUAUUGAGGAGCAUAGUGAUAGGAUCUUAAUCAAGCUGUUACCAAAAUUCACUGAGAUUUUGAAAUCCUCCCCUGGAUAUCUGAAGUAUGAUACUUUGACAUUGCUGAGCUAUUGAACGGGGUGAAGAGAAUCAAAUUUCCCAAUAAUGUUCCACACCCUAUGAUCUAAAGGCGAUUUUCUUCAGAGUCUGAUUAGUCUUUUGCGAAGUGAGCUUGACUUAAUCAAUGCAAAGAUAAUUCAGAGGGUCCUAUGGGUAAUCAUUAACUUAGUGAUGGAUAAAGAUAUUGCUGAAUUACUCCUAUCCCAUAAUUUAUUAGAAGAGCUGCCAAUACCAACAGAGGAGGUGCCUCUCGCAGAUGAAAUAAGGAAAGAAAUCACAAAGUCUAAUAUUGAGAUAUUGGAAGUAGUGACUAAAAAUCUCGACAAAAAGCACUUCUCUCAAGUAAUAGAACCUUUCACUAAUAUUUUGAAAACAGCUGGUCGUGAGUUCGCUGGAGAGAGUGAUAAAAUACCUAACUCCGACUUUGAAGUAGAUGUACGCUUGACAAUAGCUAAGGUUGUCUUUCAAGUUACCAAACUGAGCGAUACUUUUAUUGAUCUCAUUUAUUAUCAUUUCACUGAUGUAGAGGAGACAGUUAUUAGCUGGAUGGAAGAUGAAGUCGGAUCAAUAGCCUUCCAAGGCAUCAGAGUUGCGGGAAAUUUAAGCGCUUAUCAAGGUGAAAUCAAAGACCUAGGUUUGAGGUUACUCAACAAAGGAUUUUUGAGAGCAAUUACUAGAUUUGCUAGAUCUGAUAAAUUUGAGAUGCAGUUUGAAGCCUUUUUUACUCUAAGUAAUGUUAUCUGUGAGUCUCAUGAUGCUGCUAAAAGUGUUAUUGAGAACCGAGAAAUACUAGAUAUGCUUCUUGAACUUUGAGGUACAGUCUCUGAUGCCAAAGCUCUAAAAGAGUUGACUUCUCUGAUAUGAAAUAUUCUCAAAAAUCUUUGUGAAAGCACUUAUGAAUGGAGUAAAGGUAAGUAGUUUAUACGAGAACAGCCUGAUCCAAAAAUACAAAGAACUUCUGGAGCUUCCUGGCUUAACUCUGAAGUCUAAGUGAAUGAUCCUCUUCGGGCUUAAACUUCUGUUUGACUUUAGGAAGAACAUAGACCAAGAGGAGAAUAUCUAUGCUCAGACUUUCAUUGAGAUCCAAGGAAAUGAGCUGCUUGAAAAAAUUUAUAUUGAAGAGAAGAAUGAGAAUAUAAAGAGAUUGCUAAAGGUGAUAAUAGAAGAUUAUUUUGCUAAAUCAGAUAUAGAAGCAGAUUAAAAAAA